AUGCAACAACUAAAACAGCUACAAAACAUUGAAUAAUAGAUGUACUUCAAAUCUAAGCUCAUUCAAAAUCUCUAAAACUACUUAUUGGGUAACUAAAAAAUACAGGAUUGCAAUAUGAAAAGUGAUCCAUAAGAUGCUGACUUAUUUCUUAAAGAACAAUAUAAACUCAAAUAAAAUGGUCUCUAAAACAAACCACUUCAUUCGUUAGUGGUCUUAUACAAAAACUAGCAAAAUAAAAGGUGA